CCGAGCCUCCCCCCACCAUCUCAUCGCGCACCCCCUUGCUCCUUCCUGCCUCCGCAGUGAUCGAUAGUUCGGUGUGUGAUUGCUCUCCCUGGCCGGUUAUCUUGCUCUGUCAGCGCCGUGCUGCCCUGUUGCUAAGAUGGCGGUGUUGGCGGCGGCGUUGCCAGCGGAGGCCCAGCUGGGCGGGCUGCUGGACCUCGACCCUCACCUGGAGCCAUACAGCAAAGACCUGCGGCGAAGGUACGAUAAAUUUAGAAGCUUGGCAAGAAGUAUUGAAGAGAAUGAAGGAAGCCUAGAUCAGUUUUCCCGCAGCUAUGAAAGCUUUGGUGUCAAUCGAUUGGCUGAUGGGGGAAUUUACUGCAAAGAGUGGGCUCCCGGAGCAAAAUCUGUGUCUCUUGUUGGAGAAUUCAAUGGCUGGAAGUCCUCUUCACAUCGUUACAAAAUGUUGCCAUUUGGGAAAUGGGAGCUGCACAUUCCACCCAGAGCUGAUGGUUCAUCUCCGAUACCCCAUGGGUCGAAGCUUAAGGUGGCGAUAGAGUGUACAACUGGCCAACAGCUAUAUCGCAUUUCUCCCUGGGCACGAUACGUGAUACGUGAGCAGAAUGCCUCUACUUACGACUGGGUGCAUUGGGAUCCGCCUGAGCGAUAUGAGAUCCACUCUUCUCCUUAUCCACAAGUAUCUGAAAGUUUACGAAAUUAUGAAUCUCACAUAGGUCUCAUGCUGCCAGAUCUGAUGCUGAGUUUCUACAGCAAUUUCUGUUUUUCUGGGUUUCCUUCCCUAAAGGAUAUUAGUUAUAAUUGUAUCCAGCUGAUGGCUAUUAUGGAGCAUGCCUAUUAUGCCAGUUUCGGUUAUCAAGUUACCAGCUUCUUUGCUGCUUCAAGUCGCUUUGGGACCCCUGAUGAGCUGAAGGAACUGGUUGACACAGCCCACUCAAUGGGACUGUUUGUGCUGCUGGAUGUCGUCCACAGCCAUGCGUCGAAAAACACAGAGGAUGGUCUCAACCUAUUUGACGGGACUGAUUCCUGCUUUUUCCAUUCUGGAGCCCGUGGCACUCACUUGCUGUGGGACAGCCGACUUUUUAACUAUUCAAACUGGGAAGUACUGAGAUUCCUGCUGUCUAAUCUGCGCUGGUGGGUGGAGGAGUAUUAUUUUGAUGGCUUUCGAUUUGAUGGAGUAACAUCUAUGUUAUAUCAUCACCAUGGCAUAAGUACGGUUUUUUCUGGGAAUUACAGUGAAUAUUUUGGGCUUCACGUUGAUGAGGAUGCCUUAGUGUAUCUCAUGCUGUCAAACCAUAUGCUUCAUAGCUUCUAUCCAGACUUCAUCACCGUAGCAGAGGAUGUGUCGGGAAUGCCCACAUUGUGUCGGCCUGAGAUUGAAGGAGGUGGUGGCUUUGAUUUCCGUUUGGCAAUGGCUAUUCCUGACAAGUGGAUCCAGAUAUUGAAAGAGUUGAAGGAUGAAGACUGGAACAUGGGUAAUAUUGUCUACACAUUAACAAACCGGCGGUAUGGAGAGAAGUGUAUCGCCUAUGCCGAGAGCCAUGACCAGGCCCUUGUUGGGGACAAGACAUUAGCAUUCUGGUUGAUGGACGCUGAGAUGUACACGAACAUGAGUGUUCUGACACCCUUCACGAUGGUAGUGGAUCGCGGCAUGCAGUUGCACAAAAUGAUCCGUCUCAUCACACAUGCUCUGGGAGGAGAGGGAUAUUUGAAUUUCAUUGGCAAUGAAUUUGGGCACCCUGAAUGGCUGGACUUCCCCCGAAUAGGAAACAAUGAAAGUUACCAUUAUGCCAGACGGCAGUUUAAUCUUCUGGAUAAUCACCACCUUCGUUACCAGCAGCUGAACGCUUUCGAUGCAGACAUGAAUAAAUUGGAAGACAAAUAUGGUUGGCUCGCGGCAUCACCGGCCUAUGUGAGUGAGAAGCAUGAGGAGAACAAAGUGAUCGCCUUUGAGCGUGCGAAUCUUCUUUUUGUAUUCAACUUCAACCCUGACAAGAGUUUUCCCGACUACAGAGUGGGAAUAGAUCAACCUGGGAAAUAUAAAAUUGUGCUGGACACUGACUCAACAGAUUACGGUGGUCAUGGUCGAUUAAACCACAACACAGAGUUCUUCACAGAUGUCCAAAUUCAAAACAAUCGUCCCAACUCUAUGCUGUUCCGAAGUGGUGAUAAUGACUUUUCCCUGAGGAGAAGCCAUGCUGCCGAGCUCGUGGGUUAUGGAACUGUGCACUGUUGUGAAAAUUCUUUAAAGGUGUAUAUUCCCAGCAGGACUGCCAUCGUUCUCGCGAGCAUGGACAUUAACAAAUGAAGGCAGGAGAAGCUUGGCAGGCUGUCAGGUGUCUUGGUGCCAAAGAGGACGAAUCAGAAAAGCUGUUUCACAACUAAACCCCCAACCUCCCCCAACCACCUCCAACUUCUAACCUCUAGUCAUCAACAAGUGAUGACCGGCUGUAACUUCAAUUCAUUUGUUUUAUUGUAAAUUGAGUACAAGUGUGACCCGCUUCUUGGCAAUUGAGCUGGAUGUCUUUCUCUCUCACUCACUUCGUCUGUAUGUCAACUCUUUCAGAUAUUAGUUUACAGAGGCUGAAGGCUGUCUGCCCUCACUACUGCUUAACUGCAUUGUGGCUAGAAAGGGAGAGAAACUCACUGAUACCAACAUAGGAACCAUAAACUCUUGUACUGACCAAGCGCCCCAAUGACAUGGUAUUAGUAGGUUCUUGAGGAUUAUGUUUGGCACUUCUUUGUGUUAAUGGAAAAUUUGUGCCACUCAUGAGGUCAAACAAGAAUGGCACAAAGUUCCUCCCUCACCCUCAGUUGAAUCCUUCACCCCAAUCCUACCCAUUUUUUUCCCAUUUCUCCUUCUGAUUGGUGUGAAGAUGUCGGGAACACGUCACUGUGUAGUGAAGCUUCUUCAUCAGCCUCAUGUACUCCGCAAUCCCCCACACUUGCCCUCAACACACACACUCACCCACACCCACUGCCUGAGUCAGUUUUUGGAAGUAGAAUUAAAACAUUGAUCCUGGCUGAUGAGGAAGAGAUUCUCCCUUCAUAAAGUGUUUGCCUUUUUAAUUCAUAGAAACUGUUCGAAUUAUGGAGUGUUCUACUGUACAAUAGUGGAGAACAAAAUUCAAAUUAAAAGUAACUGAAUAAACUUUAUCAUUGUAUAAGUUUAAAAAUUAAAAACAUGGAAUAAAUAGAAUGAAAUAUUGCAGUGAAA